GCGCCAGUGUCUAUCCUUUGGGCUUUGACAAAUUGAUCGCGCCAAUUUUUUUGCACAAGUGAAUUGAAGUAAAUACACGAACAACGUAAAUCAAAAGAAGUAGCGCAUAUAAAUACUUCAAAUAAUUCGAUUUACGCAAAACUUCAUACAUAUUGUGUAAAUUUAUGCCAAAGUUUGUGCACAACGAAACGAAAAGAGCAAUAACGGCAUUUGGCACUUUUGACAUUCCAAUAACAAUUAUUUUUGGCAAUCGUCAUGUUCCGUAGUAAUAGCGUCAGCAGCAGCAGCCUGGAAGGCAUUGGACCAAUUGAUAAUUUUUCAGCCUUUCAUGGUCUGGCGGGACUCAAUAUGUACCUGGAUACAACCACACAAAGCUUAUCGCCACCCGUCUCAUCGGCGACACUGAGUCCACCAAACACGCCAUUGACUUCAGAUCCAACUGCGAUGUCAUCGACUCAGUUUCCUCUCCUGUCGGACAACAACAAUGCAAACAAGCUUAACAUGGAGGCUGCCAGCACACUGUUGCUUCAGCGGCAGUAUCAAUAUCAUUUGCUGCUACAACAGCAACAACAACAACUUGCCUUGGCUCAACAUCAGUUGGCUUUGGCCGCUUCGGCAGCUGCUGCAAAUCAUCAUCAGAAGGAUGAGAUAGCGCAUUCCCUAAAAAUGUUUGCACUUCUUACAGCUUGCAAUGCAGAUAAUGGCACUGGAUCUAUACAGGAUGCAAUGCAGGAAUUUGCUGCCAACGGCUUUGCGAGCGAUGAGAGCAAUCCGUAUCCGUAUAGUAAUCCAAGCUCAGUCUCUAUGCCAGCACCAUCGCCAUUGCCAGCACAACAGUUUACCAUUUCCGCUGGUAAUUCGAUGGCAGCAGCAGCAGCUCCAGUACAGCCGUCCUUGGCUGCUGUCCACUGGAUGAGUCUCAACAACUAUAGAGAACAGUUAAAUAAUAUGUGGCGCAAUAUGUCUAUGUCCUACAUACCGAAUGUGACAAACAAUGCUGGACAAACUAUGACUACCACCAGUCAAAAGUGUGCAGCGGGUUUACCUCUGCCACCGGAUCAAAAUGUUGUGCAUAAUAAUUUUGCAAAUAAUAAGGUGAACAAGCGCUACGUUAAUGCGAAGGCCAAGGACUCGGUCUCCCGACACUGUGUUUUCUGUGAGAACAAUAAUGAACCCGAGGCUUUGGUCAACAGCCACUCAGUGCGCGACACAUUCGGACGUGUGUUGUGCCCCAAGCUGAGGACCUAUGUGUGCCCAAUUUGCGGAGCUUCGGGCGACUCGGCACACACCAUAAAAUACUGCCCUAAGAAACCCAUCGUCACAAUGGAGGAUGCCAUUAAGGCAGAAUCAUUUCGACUGGCUAAAAGCAACUACUACAAGCAGCAAAUGAAGGUUUAAAAAUGUGUCAGAAACUCUGGCAGUUUCUCGCAAGCAUAUAUAUGAAUAUAUAUGCGCAAUCGUCUAAGAAACCACAAUUUAUCUAGUUUAUCAUAAGCUGCAAUCACUUAGCGCCUGGGGCGCGUAUUCGUUAUAUGGAAAAUAUUUUUUUUUUUAAAUCUUAAAUUAGUAGUUUCCAUAAUGCUAACUAAUUCGAUAUUUUAACUUCGAAUAUCGUUUACACAAUCGUGUAGUUCUAUAGCAUUUAAUACUUACAAU